UAUUUGGAAGAAUGAUAAUGGAAUAAGAGGAAAUCAUGCUAGUGCUAUCGUAGGACUAGGAUACGAAGCCGAAGAACCUUCACUUAUUUCCCAGGAUCUGUUUGACCCUUAUCGACAAUGCUUUACUUUCAGUUGGUGAUCAUGGCUGGUACUGUCAUGCUGGCAUACUACUUUGAGUACACCGAUACUUUCAGCGUGCACAUCCAGGGAUUUUUUUGUCAUGAUAAAGCCUAUACGAAGCCCUAUCUCGGACCAGAGGAGUCCGGCGCGAUCCCACCAGCUGUCCUGUACGCGGUGGUCGCAGGUGUCCCUGCACUUGUGAUUACUGUGACAGAGUCCGUGCUCUUCUUGCUGCAGUAUGUCUCUGAGGAUCUAGACAACCGAGAGAAGAUCAUUGUGAUGGGCGACUGUUGUUACCUCAACCCUCUGGUCCGAAGGACAUUUCGCUUUCUUGGUGUGUAUGCUUUUGGCCUCUUUGCCACUGACAUCUUUGUAAAUGCCGGGCAGGUGGUAACGGGAAAUCUGUCCCCACACUUCCUGACGGUGUGCAAACCCAACUACACAGCGCUGGGGUGCCAACAGGUGGUGCGUUUCAUCAACCAACAGGAAGCCUGCACAGGCAAUGAGGAUGAUGUCUUGCAUGCUCGCAAAUCCUUUCCGUCCAAAGAGGCGGCCAUCAGUGUUUAUGCAGCUGUUUAUGUUGCUAUGUACAUCACAUUCUCUGUGAAGGCCAAAGGGACACGGCUGGCCAAGCCGGUGCUCUCUCUGGGGCUCAUGUGUCUGGCUUUCCUAACUGGGAUUAAUCGAGUGGUGGAGUACCGCAACCACUGGUCUAAAGUCAUCGCUGGCUUCAUCAUCGGUGGAGCCAUUGCUGUCUUUAUGGUGAUGUGUGUGGUGAAAAAUUUCAAAGGGAAGCCCUUACUGGAUGAGAUACCGCCGGAGGAGAGUGUGUCCAGUGGUCCCAUGAUCAGUCAGCCAAGGAUGGAGCAAACCAUGGAGAAAUACAUAGUGUCCCAGAAUCCCAUCACCUAUGCUGAGAUCACAUGACAAUGAAAAGCCUGCUAGCGAGACGAAUGCUGUGGAUAAUGUUGCUGCUCUCCGGUGUGACUUCUUACUUUGAGUGCAACGUUGAUAUUUACUUUUAGACUUCUAUUUUCAAGUGUGUGAAAAAAUUGUUGUCCUCCUCGUAACUCUUUUUUUUUUUAAAUAGGUAUGGUAGGGUCGCAACCAUAUUUUUAUACAAACAUAUCACUGUUAGCAUUUUUUAGGUGAGGAGGGUAAGGAGGAGUGAACGUGGAAUUGCAACAUGAUGUCAAAUGAAAUGUGUUGAACAAAUUCUGAUGUUCCAUUUACA